CUUUUAUCAUACUUAAGCCAUUAUCCUCAAUUAACAAAAUCAAUGUCAACAGCUCAGGGCGAAGCAUCUAAGUUGAUUACCAAAGACUCCGAAGAGUACAACUCCUUCAUCAAAUUUGUUGACUUCAACUGAAAGAAUCCUUCAGACAGAAUCCUAUGAACCGACCAAUGGGCAUUCAUUACACAAGAACAAUACGAUAAGCUAAAGGGAAGCAAGCCAAAGAUUACCUGCUCGAAGCAAUACAAGGACGAAAAUGCAUUCCUCGAACUUGCCAAGAAGAAUAAGAAGUACACAGAAGUUGGAGGAAUUAGAUACUACCACCGUUUCUUAGACUAUGAUGAGUCAGAAUUCUCAAAAGAACCAAAGAUGAAGAAACUGCCUGAUUAUAUGAAACAAUAUUCUGACAAAAAUGCAAAGAAAGAUGACCAAGAGGAGAGUAAAGAAGCUUCAUCCAACAAAGCCAGUUCUAAAAAAUGAAAUCUUUCAAAAUCAGAUGACUCGUCAACCCCAAAAGCAGCUCCUUUCAAAAGAUCUGCGAAAGUCUUUGAUGACGAAGUGUACACCAUCAUCGGAUCCCUAGAAACUGCAAAGAUUAAUUACAUCAAAGGAGAAGUAAGCUCCCUCAAGAAUCAAAUGUUUGGAACUGAGAAACAACUAGAGGCUGUCCACAACGUCUUAUUCCAGUCCUUAUCCAAACUCGGCCUCAUCGGAAUGAUGGAAGAGUCACCCCUCCAGAAUGAGAUUAAUGAUCUGUGAUAUUCAAACGAAGCAAUGGACAGGCUAAGACAGAAGACAAUGCAAAAACUCUCAGUCUCAAAGAUUAUUGAUGAACUCAAAGGGAAAGAAACUAUCGAGCAGAGCUCUCAACUAAAUAGCGAUGAAGAUGCAGAUAUGAAAGAUUACGAACUCUUCCAGAACGAUGAAAAAUCAGGCACUGACUCCAUUCACAAGCUGAUAAUUGCUGAAGAAAAGAAAAGAGCAAGAGCAUGCCAAUAGGCCAAAAGAAUUAAUUAUAUUCAAAACUUUCUUUC